CCUGCAUGAUCCGGCUUUCCUUUGCGCCGAGACCGCAACACUACCGCAGUCCCUGAGACACAGCGGACACGACGAUUCUAGCGGAAGCAUUUCCGGUACGGCAACCGAAGUGUACCUACCUACCUACUAUACAUACACUUGCAAAAAGGCAUAAUAUAGCAUAUCUAAUGAAACUUUGAACACGUAAUAAUUAAAAAUGGGCAACCCAUCAGACCACGUUGAAACUCCACUUACCGGUGGAUAUCUGCUGAUUGUAUUAGCUGAACCCAGGAGUGCUGAACACAAAUUAGCUAUACUGAAAAAACUCACAAAAGGGCUUUUGUGUUGGAAUUUUGAAGAGAGUUGUGUUGAUAUAGUUACUGAAUUCAAUGCUAUUGUUAAUCAAAAUAUUGAAGGCGAAGAAGGCAAAAAUGGUGAACAACUUUUUCAAUAUGCGAGUGAUAAUUUAGUGGCAGAAAUUCUUAUUAACCCACAACACAGUACAUUAGUGCAAUGUGUAAGAAACUUAUUAGCUAGUUUUACAAAGUAUAGAUGUAUCAUUCAUGCAGGAUAUUCGUUUACAGAAAAUGGAUCAUGGAUUCUUCAGGACGGUUCGUUUUCUGUCACCGACUUCAUGGAUGCGUAUAAAACAGCUGAAGCCCAACGCACGAUUAGACUCCAUGAAAAUCAGAUUCGUACUGAACUUAACUGUUCUGCAGACGCUGAUUGGAACCAAGUUUGCCGAGUUAAGGGCACACGUAUUUUGAUAAAUCCAGCGGAAAAAAUCGUUGACAACGAGUCAAUAGAAUCUAUCGUAAGAUGGCUUUGUGAUAAAAUUGAAGUGGCUGAACUUGAUAUACUACUUGAAGGGUCGCAAGUUGUUGGAAAUAUCAGAUUUAGUAGACCUACGCUAUAUGUGUUUCCUGCUGGUCAAGGCGAUUCUGCUUUAUUUGGUAUUAACGGAUUCAACAUGUUAAUCGACGGAGGAGCUGGGAGAAAUUCUUGUUUUUGGGGUUUUGCAAGACAUUUAGAUCGGUUAGAUGCAGUACUAUUAACAAGACUCAACAGUACUAAUUUAGAAGGAGUUGCAUCAUUUCUAAAACGGAAAACCAUGUCUUCAUUGUAUCCACAAAUAGGACAUUUUUUCUGUAACUUCAAGACAAGAAAACCAAUAUCAUCUCCUAAUGUAGAUGCUAAACAAGAUAUUCUUUCAAUUAGUUUAAUAGAUACUGCACAAAGCAUAAUAACUGAYCUUAAACAAUUGCAACUUCGUCCGCAUUUAUGUUAUCGAAAUAUAAAUUUAGAGCCAAUCAAUCUCUAUCACAAAGUUGGUCAUGGAAAAUUAGAUAUGUAUGUAUUAAAUCCGUCAAAAGAUAGUAAAGAGGUAAAAGACUUUUUGGCAAAGUGGAAUGAAGGUGAUCAAAAAUUAUUCAAUCCUACCAAAGAUUUACAGUUUCCGCUCCCUAACAUAAUAUCAGUUUGUACUCUACUGGUAUGGCAACCAGCAAAUCCAAAUACUACAAUCACCAGAAUUUUGUUUCCAGGAAGUAGUCCUCAAAAUAAGAUAUUUGAAUCUUUAGAAAGAGUCAGACAUCUUGAUUUUUUAAAGCAUCCUUCGUGUUCUAUUAAAUCAAUGAGUUCAUCUACAUCAGUAACAGUCAAAUCUCAGACAACUAAGAAGACUGUUCUCGAAAAAAUGAUUCCAGGGGAAACUAAAACUGUUAAGACUAUGGAAAAUUUGGAAGUAUCAACAUCGGCUUCAAAUGCUGUUAUACAAACAGCUAUAAUACCAACAGUACCUAAAGAUGGAACGCCAAAACCAAAAUGUUCUGUUGAAACUGAAAAGCCAAAACCAAAUAUAAAGUCAGUUAUGAAAGAAACAGCAAACGCAAAACCAAAAAUUGAUCAUAAAUAUAGUUCAAUUACUGCAAAAGUAAAUUCCAACAAGGUUGUUCAAAAAAGCUCAAUUACUAAAAAAUCGUUAAAACUAUCAUCUAAAUCUCCUCCUACUGACAAAUCAUCACCCACUACUCCAAUUGAAAAUCAAGAAAAAAUGUCUAAAUCAGUUAAACAAGUUAUUAAGCCGAAAUCAACAACUAYAACUACAAAAUCUCCUUCGAGCACUCCUACUAAAAGUAAGAAAGAGGAAGUCAAUCGUAAAGUUUUUGUUUCUUCGAGAACGAAUUCAGGACUUAAGCGAACUCAGAUAAYUAAAAAAGAAACCAAAUCAGUUAAUCCUAAAUUCACGGAAACUUCUUUAAAAAAAGACUCAAAUAUAGUCUAUAAAUCUAGUUUGAUCAGCGGUAACAAAGAUAAAAGUGGUGAAGAAGAAGAUAUUUUGAUUGUAGAGAAAGUAGCAAUUACACCAGAAAAACUAUUGACUCCUGAUGGAAAAAAACUCAUCGCAAAUGAAUUGGAUGGAAUUUUAACAACGGCCAAAGAUAUUGUAACAAAAGAAAAAUUAUCAGAYUCAGGAGCUACUACAGCGCCCACAAUGCCAGAAGAUGAAAAAAUAACUGAAUCAAAAAAAGAAAUUGAAGUUAMCGAAUCGGACAAAAAAAACGACGAAUUUAAAAAAGCCAAAGAUGCAUUAAAAACACCGGAUGAAGUGGCCGAUUUACCAUUCCAUGAAGAAGUAGAUGAACAAAAACUGAAAGUUGCAGAAAAAGAAAUUGAGUCAGAUAUUGAGACUCAAGAAAUUGUACAAGUAGAAAACGCUGAAUAUGUACUGGUAUCAUUAGAUUCCUCUCCAGAGGUAUUAAAACGACAAGUAUUAGACAYCGUAAGUUUAUCAGAUAACGAACUUGACGAAGAUUCUGAUAAAGAAGAUGAAUGUUUAGAAACAAAACAAAGUACAAUYCUACCCGAUGUUGAUGAAAAAACUAAAUUAAUAGAACAUUUAUUUGAAUCAUCCAAGGAUUUAUGUGAAAUAACAGACAAAAUUGAUGAAUUAAAAAAACAAAAUGAACAUGAGAUCACCAAUCAUCAAUUUCAUGAUCAUUUACAAAACUCUAAUCACGAUAAUACUAAACUAUCAAGUACAUGUUCCAAAUCAAAUAAACAAGAAAAACCAACUCAAAUUCAAGAAGUAGCACAAUAUGAAAUACAAGAAAAGGAAUUUAAAAAUGAUCAACAUUUAUACAUUGAUAAUAAGAGUGAUAAAGAUUUAUGUGGAGGUGGCCGUAUAGAAUAUAACACAGAAAAGAGAGAAAACAAUGAAGAUUUAAAACAAGGUUUAACUCAAGAAACAGAUGCAGCAUUGGAAAAGAUUGAAAAUCUUCAGUCGAAUCAAGAUGAAACAAAAAUCUUCACAASUCAAAAACAUGAAACUACAUCAACAGAUUUAAGUUUGCAUGAAGAUUUAAACAUAGUURAUACACGACAAAAAUCAGAAUCUCAAAUAAGUUCUGACCCUCAAUGUGAUCAUCAAAACAAAAAAACUACUGAUGAAAUAAGAGCAAAAGAAAAUAUAGGUUCAAACAAAUCAUCUUUCUAUGAGGAACAUAAAAAUACUCAUAACAAAAAGUCAUCAAGCCAAACAACAUACGACGAGCCAUUGAAUUCACAAGAAUCUCAUUUAAAUGACGAUAAAAGUAGAUCAAGUUCACCUUAUCAAGUACAAGUCGCAACAAAUAUUAGAAUGGAUAAUAAAGAUUCAAAACCGUCUACUAAAUCUCCUGUUCAUGAAACAAUUACAGCAGCCAAUGCAGUUCAAAGUAGAUCUGGUUCGGUAACAGAACCCCAUGAAAAUAUUACAGAUGAUGUUACUGAUAUGCAAAAAUCCAAAGCAUCUAGUAAAUCUAAUUCAAUUUGUGAUGAACCAGCUAWAUCUCCUGUUCAUGUUGAACAAUAUAAUAUUAAAGAUUCAUUUGGCCACGAUAAGAAUAAAUCCUCAACAUUUUCUUCAAGUAGUACAAGUUCAAUUUGUCAAGAUAUAGAUACUCAAUCUUCAAAACUUUCAAGUAGAAAAAGUUCUGUUGUUGAUGAAUCGAUUGAUAAUCUUUCAAAAUUACAAAUUGUAGAAAAGAGUUCUAGUCUUCAAGAGUCAAAUGUUUAUAAACAUGAAAAUGAUAAUAAUUAUAAGAUACUCAACAAAYCUGGAUCCUUGUGCGAUGAAAUGCUAAAUUUGUCCAUUAAUAAGGUAUCAGAAAAAAUUAUUUCAAAUAAAACAUAUGAACAAGCAUUCUCUCCAGAAACUACCGUUGGAAAUACGGGAUUUAAUACAGCCAAUAAAGCUGAAUUGGUGUGCGAAGAAUCUAUUAAGUCUCAUAAUGAUGAAGUUUGUACAAAAGAAAAUUUAAUUUCAAGUACUUCAAGUUCAAUUCUCCAUGAAACAGAAGAAGAAAACUGUCAAAUACAAAGUAAGAGUUCUGAAUUUGAUGAACCACAGAAUUUCCUAAUUGAGGAUACUAAAACUAUUUUGUCACCUUCCGACUGUAAUAAAARUAAGUCUAAUUUUAUUGAAAGAAAAACGGAAGAAACAAAGUCUUUAGGUAGAAUUGGAUCUUUGUGUGAAGAAAUUGCGAAAUUUUUAACUGAUAACGAUGGAAAAAUAUCGACUAAUAUUACAUCUGAAUUGCCAUGUAAUUUAAUUGAAUCCAUUCCUAUAAAAAGUAAUGUAGAAGAAUCAGAAGUUGAAACUGAAACGUUUUUACAACUUAAUAAUAACACUGAUACGGUGAAUAAGUUUAAAAAAUCUUUACAACUUAAUGAUGUUGUUAWAGUUGAUGAAACAAAUGAGAAAAUAAAUGAGAAAAAUACAGAUCAUAGUCUUCCUGUUGAAAAUAUCACUGUUUCUAAUAAUAAGUCCCCAAAUAUCUCAACAAUGUUAAUUGAAGAAAAUAAUAAGACUGGUACAUUGAAUGUUGCUCAAAUGGUAGGGAAAAAUGUCAGUGAACAAUCUCUUGCUAAAUAUUCUAUGAUUAUUGAUAAUGAAUCCAAGAGUUUAAAAACUGUUUCUCCAAUUUCUAAUAUUUCUUCAGAAGAAUGUAUUAGUAAAUUAUCAAACGUUUUAAUUGAAGAUGUAGUUAAAACAUCUGAUGAUAAAAAUAUCAUAUGUGAUUCAUCGAUAACAGACAUAUGUAUGAAUCAACCAUUAGGUGUUACUUUGAAUAGCGAAGAUUUGGGCGUUACUAAAGAUACAGUAAUGCAAUUAAAAAGAGAUGUACAUGAAGCAUUGCAUCAAUGUAGUAGUGAUGACGAGCGACCAUUUACUCCACACAGCGAGUCUAGCAUGUCUAGAUCGGCAAUGAAUAUUGAUGAUGACGACGAUGAUAAUGAAGAUAAUAAAAUUGAAACUGAUGAUGAUAUGCCUGGCUCUCCUAUGUGUAUUGGACCAUCGCCCGUACAAAUGCAACUCGAUAAUCGACAUGUGGAAAUUAAUAUGGAUUUUAAUAAAGCUAUGCAGGAACAUAGAAUUACUAGAGGUGAAGAUUUGACAAAUACUGAAGCGAAUGGUAACCAUGUUACAGAAAUAAAGACAACUGAACAUGAUAAUAUUAAUCAAAACCAAGGUACGUCAUCUGACACGGUUCAGAGUUGGGGUAAGCCAUUAGGUUUACCACCAAUUCAAAGCAUUAAUAAUAAUGGUUUUGAUCCGAUUCGCGAGUGGGGAAAACCAUUAGGUCUUCCGUCGCCAACACAACCGGUCCUUGAACUCGCUGAACCUCAAAAUACGAGCAGUAAGACAACACCCAAGAAGAACGUGAAAAAGWUAAUAGACAACAAACCGAUCAUUAAUGUCAUGGACAAAGACGCGCAAAAUCGAAUCCGACGAUCGGAAUCGCCGAGUAAACUCAGGAGUCGAUCAUCAAGUAGAAUGUCGAGGAUUAAUCCUGUUUAUCUGGAUCUAAUUUAUGUGCCACAUCAUGGAAACUCAAAAUAUGUAUCCGUUGACUUCUUUAAGCGUGUACGAGCAAGAAACUACGUUUUUAGCGGUACCGAUCCUAGUAAAGAAGUAUUAAAUGCUUUAAUCGAGGGAAAACAAACUUGGGAAGAUCAAGAUUUAGAGGUCACCAUAAUACCAACUUAUGAUACUGAUACACUCGGUCAGUGGGUGGCAGAAAAUGAGGAAUUGCUAACCAAGCUGAAGAUCGAUUUAAGUCCUAGCGCCAGCCGAUGCACCAUAAAAUUACAAGAUCAUAACACCAGCUGCUCCGCAUAUAGACUAGAAUUUUAAUUAAAUUAUUAUAGAUAGAUAUUUAUGCGAGUAUUGACAUAGUCUUCGUCCAUCAUAUUAUUAGAAAUAAAAUAUAUUGUUAAGCGUAAUAACUGAUAAAACUGUCUGUCCAUUUUACUUCUUAAUGAAAUUUAUGGAUGCUAUAAAUUAUUAUUAGUGUAUACAAGUACAACAAGUAAAUUCGCUUCCGUUYUGAAUUUUUAUUUGCAGAGCGUGCGAAUAAACAUUGCACACUAAAUUACAAGACUGGACAAUCCAUCCUGGAUAGUUCUACUACUUUUAUUUCUAUUACAUAUGAAUUUUUUUUAAUAAAUUAUAGCUACUUUUUAUUCAUUCACAUUUUUUUAGUAGUUAUAUCAGACGCUUCUAUUUCACCUUCACCAACUUUAGUAUUGUUCAAUAAUUUCUUUUCUUCGUUUUUCUUAAAAUAUUUAAAGUAAGAUACGCAAUGCAUAUGUUUAAAUAGUUUUAACUUAAAUAUGAGCAUAUGAGCAUUGGGUAGAGUAAAGAUAAAGAAAUUAGCAGAUAUUUUAUUAUAAAUAGUUUAUAAAAAUUCACUUUGGGAAUUGGAAUAAACAUGCCGAAAACGUUAUGCUAUGAAAAUUUUUAAUAAUACAUUUUUACGAACUGACUGUAUGACAGGGUAAUUGGAGAGACCGUUUAAAAUUGGAUAUCAAAAUUGCUAAAUAACCUCUAUCUAUACCUAAAAUGUUUUAGUUAUUUAAUUUUUAGUCCUACAAACAAUCGUUUGAUAUUGGACAAACUAUGUUAGAUACCUAAUAUUUUUAAGAAUCCUUUAUUAAAACUGAUUCAAACAUUGAGUCCAUGUUAAUAUUUUACUAAAAACCUGAUGUAGAUACCUAGGUAUUUAUUCAUCAUAAAUAUUUUAUUCCGAAUUAUUGUUAUUAUAGGCUAAGUUGGCUAAUUUGUUUGUCUGUUGUCAUUAUCUAUCAGUAUCUUCCAAUGUAUUAGACUAGCUUGAAAAACAUAUUAAUUGAAAAGUUUUUUUUAUGUUUGUCAGAAUUAAUAUUAUAAUUAUUUCCCAUUAUAUUUGAUAGUAAAUACUCGUGGAAAUGUGAUAUUUGUCCAUGCAUAUAUGCAUAAAGAAUAAUAUUAAUAGUUAGGCACUGCGUUUUGCAUUUCAAUUUCUUCGGAGGUAAAGAUGAAUAAUAAUUUAACGAUGCACCUUAAUGAAAAACCUAUCAAUGACAAUAACAAUAAAUUAUAGUUGAGAAACCAUACUAUAACCAGUGAUAGAURUUAGUUUGAUUUUAAUUACUGUUCAUCGAGCUUAUGAUUUAUUUUUGGGUACCAUCGUGAAUUAGAAUUGCCAUAUUUAAUAUUAAUAUAUACAACUAAAACGCGUUUACGCGAAUUUCUGUCCAAAACAUUUCUACUUCGUUACGUCCAAUAURUCCAUCCUCUCUCUUCCACACACAGUAACAAUAUUAUUUAAAAUUAAUUUUACCCUAUUUUAUUUUGUUUAUUGCUGUAUUGUUAAAAUUAUCAGUGA